AUGAUGAGCAGUAAUGGGAGAGGUCUUGUGCGGAGGCACAGAGGAAAAAUCUUGACCUCGGUAGGUAUCAUGGCGACGCUGUUCGCCAGUGGAUCUGUCUGUAUUUAUCUAAUCAAACGAUGGUUAUACAAACAACAGUUAAAGAUAACGGAACAGCACUUUAUUCGGGAACAAAUAAGAAGAAGGUUUACUCAGACUCAAGAGGAUUCAUUAUUUGCCCUUUACGAGUUAAUUCCGGUGUUCUCCAUGGUUCUUGCCAAGAACCUUGAUUUGGAAGAAUUGGUUAUCGCCCUAAGAGAUAAGAAGCUAAACAAAAGCCUAGGACAAAGGAGUAAAAAGACUCCUGACAACGACGGAAUGUCAUCAGGAAUAAGUACAAGCAUCACUGAAAUGGAAAAUUCAGAAACGAAUACUGCGGAAAACAAAAAUGACCUAGUAGCUCAAAGAACGAAGGCAGAGUUGUGGAAUGAAUUGAAAGUUAAAAGUUUAGUGAAAAUGAUUACAAUUUGCUACACAAUUUCAUCUCUUUUAUUACUUACCAGGUUACAAUUGAACAUGCUAACGAGAAGAGAAUAUUUAGAGACAGCAAUUAAAGUUGCAGUUGAGAAAGAAUCUAGUGAACGUCAAAAUGGUUCAUUGUUAAAUUGGAUUUAUGGAUAUUGGAAACCCUUAAAAACUGUUGACAAAGCUGGAGAAGAAACCAAAUCAUCGAAACCAUCAGCAGUCUCCAAAAAUGCUUAUAUUAACGAGCAGGCUUUCCUUUCUUUAUCAUGGUGGUUGCUCAAUCGUGGAUGGCUGGAAUAUCAAUCUGUGGUAAGGGAGAAUGUGAACAAACAUUUUGGAAAUUUGAAUCCAAGAGAUAAGGUUACAGUCCAAGAGUUUAGCGAUAAACUAACAAGCGUCUUCCAUGAUGUUAAUGCCAAUCUACUGAAUAAUAAUAAGAACGAAUCAUUACUGAAAAAUAUACUUCUGCCAGAUCCCACUCUGGAGGAUUUCGUUCUUCAGCAAACACUGGAUCCCGAAGCUUUAAAAAUUUUAAAUGAGGACAGAACAAUAUUACGUCAGUUGCUGCACGAAGCCACCAAAUGCAUCGAAAGUACUGCGUCCUCAAUUGUACUGGAGACAUUGAUAAACGAGUCCUUCCAAUUCGUCAUGGAACAGCUGGAGAAAAACGUCAGUAAAAAGAAAAAAAGCGAAGAAGCAAAUGAUAAAGAUGAAUCAUAUCAAAUUGCCGUAUUCACUAUGAGCUGUAAAGAAUGUUGCUCUGAUAUUUUGAAGAGUGGAAUGGUAUCUAUGGAUAACUCUUUCUUGUCCAGGCUAGAUUCCGUCGUAGUUCUAGAUGAUUUGAGUGCGAGUGUUUACAGCAAUUUCGGCUUUCAAGAUUGA